AUGGCGACCGACGCACAAAUGGCCCAGGUUGCGGAGUUAGAGGUAGAAAUGAUGUCAGAUAUGUACCGCCGAAUGACCAACGCCUGCCAGGCCAAAUGCAUCGCUACCGCAUUCAAGGAGUCCGAAUUGACCAAGGGAGAAGCAGUAUGCCUGGAUCGAUGCGUUGCCAAGUAUCUUGAUGUCCACGAGAAGCUGGGAAAACGAUUGACAAGCAUGUCACAAGGAGACGAAGCAGCUCUUCAGAAGAUUGCUCAGCAAUAA